AGGAAUGACCCAUCUCAAACUUCCUUUGUCCCAACAGCUCCAGUUGUGCCUGAAGCAUUGGUAUUCCAGAACAGUGGCUCCAGCUCAAAUUUGACUGCCUCAUGGUCCAAUGCAGGUGGAGCAGAAUGGCUCCAUUUCACUCUCCAGAACCUCCAUACCAUGACGGAGAGUACUACAGUUUCAGUCAAGAGGGGCCUAACAAACUAUACUUUUCAACACCUGAAGCCAGGUACCCCCUAUCGACUGGAGGUCAAGGCCACAGCUGGACCUUACCGGGUUGAGGGGUCCAAGGUUACGGCUUAUACCUAUCCUAUGAAGCCAACUAACCUAAGUUUGAAUAGCUAUGGCAAAAGUAACACUUUAAAGGCAUCAUGGAAUUCAUCAGUUGGAGAAAGAGAAUUCUAUUUGGUUCUUCUGCAAGAAGGUGAAAGCAGUGUAUCCAUCAGAAAUAUGUCAGUUGGAGGCAACACUACACAACUUACCUUCCAUAACUUGAGUCCUGGGAGCCUCUAUACGCUUUGGGUGACAGCUGUUGCUGGACCAUAUAAAGUAUCUGCAAAGAGCAUCUCUGCAUGGACAUGCUACCGGAGGGAAGCAGGACAUAAUUUGGAUCACCAGCGCGGCCGCCAUUACAGCCGCUGCUCCCUGGCAAGCUCCCCCAACACUUAA